AUGUCAUUAGACCUUCAUCCAUAUAUGCAUUCCAAUAUCAUUUUAUCAAUAAUAAUUCAAAAAGAUUUUAAUCAGACAAUUAGUUCCAAUAUAUUAAAACCCAUUACAGAUGAGAGAAACUAUCAAUUUAUUAAAUUAAAUAAAAAUAAUUUACAUGCUUUAAUUAUUCAAGAUAAGACAACUGACAAGGCAGCAGCAGCUUUAGACGUCAAUGCUGGGGCAUUUAUGGACCCUUCUAACUUACCAGGCUUGGCACAUUUUUGCGAGCAUCUGCUAUUCAUGGGAUCUAAAAAUUUUCCUAAUGAGAAUGAUUAUUCUAGUUAUUUAAACCAGAAUGGUGGUUUUUCAAAUGCAUACACAGGUUCGAUGAAUACAAAUUACCAUUUUGAAAUCAAUCAUGCUAAUCUAUUUGAAGCGUUAAGACGAUUUUCUUGCUUCUUCAAAACUCCAUUAUUUAACAAUGACUCAACUAUAAAAGAAAUUCAUGCCAUUGAUAGUGAAAAUAAAAAAAACUUACAAAAUGAUUACUGGAGGUUAUACCAACUAGGUAAAAGUUUAUCAAAUCAUGAACAUCCAUAUCAUAAAUUUUCAACUGGAUCAAAAUUGACACUACUAGAAAAUACGGAGACUCUCAAUUUAAAUAUUAGAGAGGAAUUAAUCAAAUUCUAUAACAAAUGGUACUCUUCAAAUAUAAUGAAUUUGUGUAUUAUCGGAAGAGAAGAUCUAGGUACUCUAUCUAGGUGGGCUAAAAUAUUAUUUGAAAAUGUACCGAAUAAAAAUGUUAUACUUCCUACAUUUAGUCAACCGGUUUGGACAAUUGCCGAUAAGAAGAAGGUUAUAAGUGUGAAGCCUGUGAAAGAUUUGAAGCAACUAGAACUUACUUUCCACAUUAAAGAGGAUGAAUUGACAACAUGGAAAUCAAAACCUUCAUAUAUUUUAAGCCAUCUAUUCGGACACAAAGGUAAUGGCUCAAUUUCAUCACUCCUAAAGAACCAACAAUUAAUUACUGGUAUAUCUUCAGGUUCUGAGAAUAUAUCAAAAGAAAAUUCAUUGUUUUCUUUAAAUUUUGACUUGACUGAAGAUGGUAUUAACCAAUAUGAAAAAAUCAUUAAAAUUGUUUUUCAAUAUAUUAAAAUGCUGAACUCGAAUUUACCUCAAGAAUGGAUUUAUAAUGAGUUGAAAGGUAUAUCAGAUAAUAGUUUCAAAUAUAAACAAAAAAUUAAUCCAGCUUCAACCGUGUCACAAUUAUCUAAAAGAAUGGAAAAAACUUUCAUUCCAAUAAACAAUAUACUAUCUCAUGAACUCUUUUAUGAAUAUGAUCCCCAACAAUUGAACAAAUAUCUAAAGUUUUUAACCCCUGAUAAUAGUAGAAUUAUGCUUGUCUCAAAAAAUUUAAAUGGGCUUCAUAAAUCAGAGAAAUGGUAUGGUACAAAGUAUGGGGUAAAGGAUUAUCCAGAUGGUUUGUUAAAAGAUUUAAGUAAUAUUAAGGAAAAUUCAGAAUUAUAUCUUCCACAUAAGAAUGAAUUCAUAUCUACCACGUGCUCUGUAAAGAAAGUCGAGAAUCACGUUGCCCAGAUUGAACCUUACCUUUUAAAAGAUGAUAAUAUAAGUAAAUUAUGGUAUAAAAAAGAUGAUACAUUUUGGCUACCCCGGGCUACAAUAUUUGUUUCAAUAAAAUUACCACAUACCCAUUCAAGCUUAGUAGCAAAUGUUUUAACUUCAUUCUACAUCAAUUUAGUAAAUGAUGCUUUGCAGGAUUUACGAUGUUACGCGGCUUGUGCUGACCUAUAUGUAUCAUUAAACAAAACUAACCAAGGUCUAGAUCUAACUCUUACAGGUCUUAAUGAUAAAUUACUAAUUUUACUUAAAAGAUACUUGGAAGGUAUUAAAUCCUUUGUACCAAAUGAAGAAAGAUUUGAAGUAAUAAAAAAACAGACUAUCCAAUCAUUAACCAAUAGGCUAUAUGAUGUACCAUAUAUACAAAUGGGAGAUAUUUAUUCAUCUUUAAUAAAUGAAAGAUCUUGGUCAGUCGAAGAAAACUUAAAAGUGGUGCAAGAUAUUGAUUUCCCUCAAUUACAAGAUUUUAUCCCCACUAUUUAUCAGGAAUUAUUCUUUGAAACAUUAGCUUUUGGAAAUAUUCAAUAUGAACAGGCUCAAGAAGUCGAUUCUUUAGUUAGAACUUUAAUUCCAAAUACAAUAAAAAAUUCUCAGGUUAAAAAUGAUCGUUUAAGGUCUUAUAUUAUUCCUAGUGGGAAAACGUUUAAAUACGAAGUAUUCCAGAAAGAUAAAAAUAAUCUUAAUACAUGUAUCCAAUAUAUAUGCCAAUUUGGAAUAUAUUCUGAAUACUUAGCAGCAGUAGUUUCUCUUCUAGCUCAAAUCAUGCAUGAACCAUGCUUCAACACACUAAGAACAAAAGAGCAAUUGGGCUACAUUGUUUUUAGUUCGAGCUUAAGCAAUCAUGGUACAUGUAACUUAAGUAUUAUGGUACAAUCAGAAUAUAGUACUGAUUAUUUGCAAUUUAGGAUCGAGAAUUUUUUGAAAGAUUUCUUGUCUUAUUUAAAAGAAAUGCCUCGAGAGGAAUUUAAAAGACAUAGACAAUCAUUACAUGACUCACUUCUACAAAAAUAUCAUAAUAUGAACGAAGAGAGUUCAAGAUUAAUCGCUGCAAUUUAUUUAGGAGACUAUAACUUUACACAUAGGGAAAAGAAAGCUAUUCAUGUUUCAAAACUAUCAAAGUUUGAUGUAAUCUAUUUUUUUGAACAACAUGUACUUGGUCAAGAUGCCUGUCGCUUAAUUACAAGUUUAAAGAGUCAUCACCCCCCAAUAGAAGGAAAAUAUCCAUUAUCAGAAAAAUACAAAGGAAUUCUUGAGAAGAGAAAUGAAACAAACAUUGUUGAUAUCGAUCAAUUUAAAUCUCAUUUAUGUAUCGCUCCUGCUCGCCAACCUUAUAAGGAAUGGAAGGUUUAUUCUAAGGCUGCAGAUAUAUAA